ACUUGUUAUUGAGUCACGUGAUUAAGAUUCGUUUCGUUUCUCUGGGAUCUCGAGUCUCUUAUGUAUACUACACAACAGUCGUGUAUUAUGUUGUGUCUUCGACAUGGAAUGGAAAACAGUGGCAGUAACAAUUUUAAUAGUGAGCCUUUGUUUUUUUGCCAUACCCAUUCGCGUUGGCCCUGACAACAAUGGCGAAGAUAUGAAAUUGUUCGAGAAUUAUGUCGUGCGUUAUAACAAAUCUUAUAGAAAUAAUCCAACCGAGUACAGUGACAGAUUCAAACGAUUUCAGAGAUCUUUACGACAUAUCGAGAAAAUGAAUGGUUUACGAUCUUCUCAUAAAAGUGCUUAUUACGGAAUUACGGAAUUUUCCGAUAUGUUGGAAGAUGAAUUUCUACAGCAAAUCCUUUAUUCUGAUUUAUCGGUUAGAGGAAGAAAACACGUUAGCUCAACUUAUCAUCACGAGCAUCAUAAAAGAAAAGAAAGAAAUCAUUUAGAAAAAAGAGCUGCAGGUAUACCAUUGAAAAUAGAUUGGCGUCAGAAAGGUAUUAUUUCUCCCGUAAAAAGUCAAGGACCUUGUGGUGCCUGUUGGGCGUUUAGUACAGUCGAGGUAGUCGAAUCGAUGUAUGCAUUAAAAAAUGGCAGUUUAUAUUUGUUAAGCGUACAAGAGAUGAUUGAUUGUGCAAAGAACAGUAAUCUCGGUUGCGAAGGUGGUGAUAUUUGCAGUUUACUUGCGUGGUUAAAAUCAACCAAAUCACCGAUAUUACCGGAGUCCAAUUAUCCGCUCACACGUAUGACCGAUACGUGCAAACUGAAAGGUGCUAACGCAAAAACAUCGGGUAUCAAAGUGAUGGACUUUACCUGCGACAGCUUUAUAGAUUCAGAAGAGGAGCUUCUGAUAACGUUGGCCACUCAUGGUCCUGUGGCCGCUGCGGUGAAUGCAUUAUCCUGGCAGAAUUAUUUAGGUGGUAUUAUACAGUAUCAUUGCGAUAGUGCUUUUACCAGUUUGAAUCAUGCUGUACAAAUAAUAGGCUACGAUAAAUCCGACACUAUACCUUAUUACAUUAUCAAGAAUUCAUGGGGUAAUGCUUUUGGUGAUAGAGGUUACAUAUACAUCGCUAUUGGCAGCAAUCUUUGCGGAAUUGCUAAUCAAGUUUCAGCAGUGGAUAUCAUCUAUAAAUAAUGGAAUGUAUAACGAGAUUACGUUAAUAUAUAGUUAUCAUAUUUAAAGUAUAUGAUAUAUUUAUCAUUAAAUAUGAAAUAUUUUUAAGUAUUUAAUAUUAAUCUGUGAUUGAUAAUAAGAGAGAGAUUAAAUAUAAUAUAUCAAUAUUUUUCAUAUGCAAUAUAUUUGAUCAGUAUUUCUGAUCAGCGUUGACAAAAAUUACAGAGAUUUAUAAUUUUGAUAUUAAAUAUCUUAUUCUAUUAAUUGAAAUUAAUAAGGACAGUUUGAUGAUAAGAUCAAAUUUGUAUCUAGGAUAAGUAAAAUAAUAAAACUAAAAAGAUUUUA